AUCUUUGUCCGGAAUAGUCAAACAGCAACAAGAAACAUGGCGGACCCGGCGGUUAAACGUGACGGUGUUGAAGCUGACGAGUUACCUCAGAGAGCCGAGAAGAAAGCGAGAGUGGACGGUGAAAACGGAGGAGGAGGAGGAGGAGAAGGAGAAGGAGGAGAAGGAGGAGAAGCUGAGUCUGAAAAUGUUCUGUGCGGGUUUAAAACCUCCAACGUCCUCAACGAUUCAGCCCGGGAGAAAACGAUGUUCAUCCGCGGGAAGCUCGCCGAUCAGGAGGCUGUGGUCAUCCUGGAGAAGACGCCCAUCAGAGAGGACACCCUGGCUGAGCUCUUCAGCGGCUCCACGCUGAAGCUGGAGAUGAAGAACGACAUCUACAGCACCUAUCGGCUACAUGCUCCUCCUCAUCUCAAUGAGAUCAAGACGACAGUGGUGUGUCCAGCUACUGAUAAGCAUGUAACGAAAUACCAGCGGCAAGAGAGUUCCCUGGUGGAGGAGACGGGUGAGGACUAUCAGUCAAUCACUCUGCCCUACAUUCAGAAGCAGACUUUCAGCGUGCAGUGGGUGUACAACAUCCUGGAGAAGAAGGCAGAAGCUGACAGGAUUGUUUAUGAAGAUCCCGACCCAGAGGUUGGCUUUGUUCUCCUCCCGGAUUUCAAAUGGGACCAGAAACAGGUUGAUGAUUUGUACCUCAUCGCCAUCGUACAUCAGAGAGACAUCAAGAGCCUCAGAGACCUGACGUCAGAGCAUCUACCGCUGCUGCAGAACAUCUUCCAGAAAGGAAAGGAGGCCAUCCUGCAGCGCUACAACCUUCCGGCCAGCAAGCUGAGAGUCUACCUGCACUACCAGCCGUCCUACUACCACCUCCACGUCCACUUCACCAAGCUGGGCUACGAGGCGCCGGGCUGCGGCGUGGAGCGCGCCCAUCUCCUCGCGGAUGUCAUCCAAAACCUCCAGUCCGACCCUCGCUACUACGAAACCCGGACCCUGUACUUCCCCCUGAGGGCAAACGACGGACUGCUCAGCAAGUUCAAGGAGGCGGGGAGGCUGUAACGCGCCUCGUGCACCAAUUUACCCCCAUUCGGAGAUUUCCAUCCACGCUGCGUUAGAACAAAUCCAAUCAUGUUUUUGAGGGUUUUGGUUGACUGAUUGUUGUUUUGGUCAACAGUAAGAGGCAGCUGUACCCUGUUAUCAAUACUGUUUAGUAUUUUGGAUGCAUAAUUUGUAUGUUUGAGUCAAAAAUAAUGUGUUUUGUAAUAAUUUUUGAGUCAAACCAGUGAAUAACCAGCAAUUAUUGUGUGUUUUAAUGUUUUUUAUAUCUUUGGUGAAUGUUCCUGACUGAAUUAAAGUUGUUUUUUUUAAAUCA